UCCUUCCUUCCUUCCUCCCUCCCUCCCUCCCUCCCUUCUGUCCUUUUUAAACCUGGUGUUGUGUUUAGUAUUGAGUAUAUUUGCUGGGACAGCUCCAGUAAUCUCUCCAGCAGAAGCAUAUUUGUGUGCCAUUUUGGGAAUUUCUCUGAGAUAGGAAUCUUGAAGAUAGAAUUAAUUUCUAGGGGAAACUUCAUAGCCUGUGCAUGAGUGCUUUCUUUAUCACCUGUCUCCAUUUGGCAUUCGAAGAAGGUAAAUCAAAGUGCGCGAUUUGUUAUUCUGCUCCACUUGAGAGCUGAACUAAAUAACACUUGGUCUGAAAUUCUGAUUGAAGUUGUAGGAGGAUAUACUGUAUUUAAUUUAAUGCCCUUUAAUAGCAUCUUCUUGUUCAGCUCUGAUGCUGUCAUUUUAAAGGUUGGAUCAGAGUAGGCUUACCCUGUGGGGAGUGGGAGGAGUAAUAAAGGGGAAAAGGAAAGGGUGAUGUUAAGGAAAGGAAGGAAGCAAGGAGUUGUAAACUAAAUUCUUAAACCAUAAUAACUACAAACUUGGCCUGCUGUAGCCAAACAGUUGUGUGCCCUAAGGGCUCUCUUUGUGAUCAGGGUUUAAAAGGUUCCUAACACUUUAAGCAUAAACAUUGCAUGUGUCAGUUGAUUUGACUUUUUGUAUCAAGAAAUAAGAAGUCAGAUGAUUUUUUAAAGGAUCAAUUUGCUCUUUGUAGUUAUUUGCUCCAGUGAUGUAGUCUUCUCUCAAAAUUUAUGCCCAUCCUUUUCUUGAAACUUUAAUAAUAUUUUCAGGACAACUGUUGCAUACAAGUGUGUUUUUAAAAGACUAUAAAAGCUUAUUUUCGGUUGUGUUUUGUUCUACAGAUGAAAAAUGACCUUAAAUUACUGAUUUUAUAAUAGUUGAUGCUUUAGUGAACAUUUAUUACUGUUCAGAUAAGCUAACAAUCAAAAACCUGUAGAAGAAAAAAAGUGGCUUUAAAUCACUUUUCUUUAUUUAUGACUGGAAUGUAUUAAUGCAGUAGUACAAAAGAAUUUUUCCUAAAUAUUCAUAAUGUUCCAAAAUUUGAAUUAAAAUGUUUUCCCUUGACAUUGUUUUUGGUUAAGUCCAACUGUAGCUUAAUUGUUUUUCUUGAGCAUCUUGAAAGAGCGAUUUAAGAAGUUAUUAAGUUUAAGUUUAAACUUGGAUGGCUUUCUUUUAAACUUACAUAGGCUGCAGAUUAUAUAGCCCUAGCCUAGAUUUUUUAAAAUUUAUUUUUUCAUUCAUUUUCAUAUAUUACCAAGAAAAUUAGAGAAACAGAAAUGUCAUACAGGUAAUACCUUUAUGCUUCUUUGCAUAGCAUAUCACAGUAUCACAGCACUAAUGGUUUAAACAAAAAAAACCCCUCAUUUUUUGGGGGGAGUUAUUUCUACAGCAUAAGCUUAAACACAGCAAUGAUAAAUGAUGAUAUGCAUUGUCUAACACUUGCUUUUAUAUAAAUAGCUCCACAAGAUUGCUUAAAUGAUAAUCGAAAAUAUGAAAUAGGGUGGCCUUCAUAUCACAAGGCCAAGGGUCUACAAAUGGAAAAAACUGAAAUAAUGAAAUAUUUCCAAGGCAACAGACUGUCAACAAGAACUAUAAUGCAUGAGCAUAUCAUGGAGCUACCAGAGAGGAUAUUAGAUCUUAUGGCUUUAGAGCUAGGAGUUAUAAUGACCUUUAUUAAAUAGCACCCUCCCACAUUACAACAUCCUUUCUGAUUUCUGAUUUAUGGAUUUCUAGUCAUAGAACUAUACAAAAUUUGAAAUGUGUCAGCUGCUGGUUGUGAUUUGUUAUUAAAAACAACUCUAGAAAUGACAUUAAUUGGGAUUCAUAUUUGAUUAGGGUUUGUUAAAUAUAAAAUGUAUAUAUUGGGACUUUUUCAUUGCCUAAUGGGAUCCAAAGUAAAUUUUUGCCCUCUGUGGCUUUUUCACCACAUUAUUUAACAUAUAAUUUUUUGUUUCUCACUAAGUUAUGUGAAGUUAAUAUCUCUAUCAGGAACAAAUACUGUGAGAAAUAUGUUGCACAGUAAAUAUGUUCCAAGAAAUGGAACAAUUUGGUAUUUUAGGGGUAUUAAUUUUGAGUUUCUCCUCCAAUGUGCUACAUUAAUUUUAACACAGUGUCAGAAUGGUACUGCCCAGUAGUGGAGCUAUUUUUAAAAGAAUGUCAGAAUUUCCAUUAACCCCUUGACUCUUUCUCUCUACCUCAGUUUUUAGACUUUGAUCCACUGGAGAUUUCAAAUCACAUUGGUUUGAAACUGGACAGUAGGAAUGCCAGUCUUAUGGAAAUUUUGUUUCGCUGUCAGUUUACAAGCCUUGAGAAAGGAAAAGUCCCGAGAUGCUGCUCGCUCCCGUCGGGGAAAGGAGAAUUUUGAGUUUUAUGAACUGGCUAAACUAUUGCCACUUCCUGCAGCCAUCACCAGCCAGCUUGACAAGGCGUCCAUCAUUCGACUUACAAUUAGCUAUCUGAAAAUGAGGGACUUUGCAAAUCAGGGAGAUCCUCCAUGGAAUUUGAGAAUGGAAGGACCUCCACCCAAUACUUCAGUAAAAGGGAUACAAAUGUGGAAAUCUGAGGUCUGCAUGAGAAAGACACCAUGUGAAGUUAUAGGUGCCCAACGAAGGAGAAGCCCUAGUGCUCUAGCCAUUGAAGUAUUUGAGGCACACCUGGGAAGCCACAUUUUACAGUCCCUGGAUGGAUUUGUAUUUGCACUAAAUCAAGAAGGAAAAUUUUUGUACAUUUCAGAAACUGUCUCCAUCUACCUAGGCCUCUCCCAAGUGGAACUGACAGGCAGCAGUGUGUUUGACUAUGUCCACCCAGGAGACCAUGUGGAAAUGGCAGAGCAGCUGGGCAUGAAGCUUCCGCCCGGACGAGGUCUCCUCUCACAGGGGACAGCAGAGGAUGGAGCCAGCUCAGCGUCUUCAUCUUCUCAGUCUGAGACCCCUGAGCCAGUGGAAUCAACAAGCCCCAGUCUACUAACCACUGACAACACCCUUGAGCGCUCCUUUUUCAUCCGAAUGAAAUCGACUCUGACCAAGCGCGGAGUUCAUAUCAAAUCUUCAGGAUAUAAGGUGAUUCACAUAACAGGCCGGUUACGUCUAAGAGUGUCCUUGUCCCACGGUCGGACAGUCCCCAGCCAAAUCAUGGGUCUCGUAGUGGUUGCUCAUGCUCUGCCUCCUCCUACGAUCAAUGAAGUCCGAAUCGACUGCCACAUGUUUGUUACUCGAGUAAAUAUGGACCUCAAUAUCAUUUACUGUGAAAAUAGGAUUAGUGAUUACAUGGAUCUGACCCCUGUAGAUAUUGUAGGGAAAAGAUGUUACCACUUCAUCCACGCCGAAGAUGUGGAAGGAAUCAGGCAUAGUCACUUAGACUUGCUGAAUAAGGGUCAGUGUGUGACUAAGUACUACCGCUGGAUGCAGAAGAACGGAGGAUAUAUUUGGAUACAGUCUAGUGCUACCAUAGCUAUUAAUGCCAAGAAUGCAAAUGAGAAGAACAUCAUCUGGGUCAAUUAUCUCCUUAGUAACCCAGAAUACAAGGACACUCCAAUGGAUAUUGCGCAACUCCCUCAUCUGCCAGAGAAAACCUCUGAGUCCUCAGAGACCUCGGAUUCUGAAUCAGAUUCUAAAGACAACUCAGAGGACAACGAAAAUUCCAAGUCCGACGAGAAGGGGAACCAAUCCGAGAACAGCGAGGACCCAGAGUCGGACCGGAAGAAGUCCGGCCAUCAGUCGGACAACGAAAUGAACUGUAACGACGACGGCAACAGUUCCAGCAAUCAGGACAGCCGGGACAGCGACGACAGCUUCGAGAACUCGGACUUUGAGACCCAGAAGGCCACCGAAGACAGCUUCGGCACGCUGGGCUCUAUGCAGAUCAAGGUGGAGCGCUACGUGGAGAGCGAGACGGACCUGCGGCUGCAGAACUGCGAGUCGCUGACCUCGGACAGCGCCAAGGACUCUGACAGCGCGGGCGAGGCGAACGCCCAGUCUUCCAGCAAGCACCAGAAGCGCAAGAAGAGGAGGAAAAAGCAGAAGGGGGGCAGCCUGAGCCGCCGCCGGCUGUCCAGCACCUCGAGCCCCAACGGGCUAGACGGCGCGCUGGUGGACCCGCCGCAGCUGCUCUCGUCACCAAACAGUGCCUCAGUGCUCAAAAUCAAAACUGAGAUCUCAGAACCUAUCAAUUUUGAUAACGAUAGCAGUAUUUGGAAUUACCCGCCCAACCGGGAAAUCUCAAGGAACGAAUCGCCCUACAGUAUGACCAAGCCCCCCAACUCCGAGCACUUCCCUUCCCCCCAAGCCAGCAGUAGUUUACACGUCUCCAUUCCAGACUCUGUCCUCACCCCGCCGGGGACCGAGAACACUGCCAGCCGCAAAUCUCAGUUCAGCACCUCAUCCAAUUCGGCCUUGGCCCCCGUCUCCUCCGACCCCCUGUCGCCCCCGCUGUCCGCGUCCCCCCGGGACAAGCACCCCGGCGGGGGCGGCGGCGGGGGAGGCGUCGGGGGUAGCGGGGGCGGCGGGGGCGGCGGGGGCGGUCCCAGCACGUCUUCCAACUCUUUGUUGUACACUGGGGACCUGGAGGCCCUGCAGAGGCUGCAGGCGGGCAACGUGGUGCUGCCUCUGGUCCACAGGGUCACGGGCACCCUCUCCGCCACCAGCACGGCAGCCCAGAGGGUCUACACCACUGGCACGAUCCGCUACGCGCCCGCAGAGGUUACUUUAGCCAUGCAAGGCAACCUGCUCCCCAACACCCACGCGGUGAACUUUGUCGACGUCAACAGCCCCGGCUUCGGGCUGGAUCCCAAAACACCGAUGGAGAUGCUCUACCACCACGUCCACCGACUCAAUAUGUCGGGACCAUUCGGGAGUGCAGUGAGCGGGGCCAGCCUGACCCAAAUGCCGGCAGGGAACGUGUUCACCACGGCCGAGGGACUUUUUUCCACUCUUCCAUUUCCUGUGUACAGCAAUGGUAUUCACACUACACAGACUCUGGAGCGGAAAGAGGAUUGAGACAUGACCACAUUACUGUGUUUCCAGUGUUAUACUCUCGAGGCAUAGACUAUGUUUUAAUUUAGACCCUUAAUUCUAGCACUUUGAAUUUCAGCAGGUCAGCUUAUUCUCUCAAACACGAUGGGUUCCCCCAUUCCAUACCCUUUCUCAUUAACUUGACAUUCUUUAACAUUAAAAAAAAUUUUAAUUUUUUUUAAAAAAAAUUUUUUGUUUGCCUCCAGAGGGUCAGAGUACCAGUUGCCUGCCAUUUUUGUCUUCUUCUGAGAAGUGUGUGUGUGUGUUGUUUUAUUUUUUUUUCCUUUGCAUCUUCAUUGAGAUGCCUUUAAUGUGAGAAUGCCUCUGCCAUAGAAUACUCAGUGUUGUGGUAACGAGAUUUUAAAAAGUGACAACCAUUGGUUUUUUCCUUCGUCAAGAUCUUGAUGUGAUCAAGAUUGAAAGAGACAAGCAUAAACAAUGUGCCCUGUUUGACUAAGUCAAAUGAAAUGGGGUUUUUGUUCCUAAUUCCUUUAAAAAUAGGGGAUAGUAUUUUAGAAUUUUAUGCAGAAUUUAAUUCUCUUUUUAUGAUUAAGAUUUUCUUACUUGCACAUAAAAAUAAUUUGGGUUCUUAAAAACUUAAUUUCUGGCCUGUGACUAGAAUGUUUAAAAAAAAGUUGGACUAAAUGUUAAUUACUGAAACAUUAACUUAAUUUCUAAAACCAUGGUGCUAUCAUUUAUUAAUCUGUAACGUCUUCAUUCAAAAUGCAGCUCAGUGGGCUGGGUUUUGGAAAGGCAUGUGUUCUGUCCUGGUCUGUAGUCAGUUGCUGCAGUCUCCUUGGUUAGUUAAGACAAAGCCCUCAUUAACAUUUGCUGCAGGACUUAAAAUUUUUACCUCCCAACUAACAAACAUAGCCUCACAUUAAAUUUAAUGGGUCAGUAAAGCCUUUUUUAAAAAGCGCUUUCCGAAAACUCAAUUAAACUGACUUGAGGAGCAGUUUUAGGUGCAUACUGUGUUCCGUUGUUUCUUUUCCUUUUUUUCUCAGUCUAACUGAGGCUAAUUUUUCAACUUCAGAUAACACUUUGGAGUAAAAAAAAAAAAAGGAAGAAAACUAUUUAACAUUUUUUUUUUCAUUUGUUGCUAUAGAGGGAAGGUUGUAUUUGGGGGGGGGUUGAUUUGGUUUUCCAGAUUUUUUUUUUUUGUUUUUCUUCUUUUUAGUGUCAAAACCAAUAUGUUUUUAAAACUAAAGAAUGGGUUAAUAAGCUUCAAAUAGAUAACUACAACUGAAAACUGCACAUUAAGUAAAAGAAAAGAAAUCUCCUAUUUUGUCUUUGUUGCCAGAAAUCACGGUGUAGUGUCAAACACUCCAAAUGACUGUCAAGUAUAAAUUCUUCUUCCACUCCAUCUUUGGCAGCUGUUUGUUAAGGCAUCUAAUAACAGAUGUGAGAACUGUAAUGUGUACAAUGUGUACGUGUCCUUGGCUGUCAGUCCCAUUGCAGUUUCAAUGUGUGUUACUAUAUGCAGUAUAUACUAAGCUAAUGUAGUUGUUUUGUCCUUUGUCUUCUCUGUGCUUUAUCUCUAGUCUGGAGUGGUAAAGUCCCAUUCCUGCAGUCCUAGUGAACCAGUGAUUCUUGGGGGUUAGUGGUUUUUUGUGUGGUGGCCUUCCUCUGUAACGUCACCUUAUGCUGCUUCCACUGUCUGUAUACCUUCUUUGAUUUCUGCUGUUGCUUUGCUGUUGUAUAUUCUCCCACUGCUCCUUUCUUUCUCCUCCUCUUUUGUCUCCCCCUUUCUCUCCCUCUUUCCUUCCUCUAAACUUCCCCACCCCCUUUUCAUUCUCAGAGAUAAAAAGACUCUUAACUAGCUCAAGGUUAAUGGAGCCAUUUUUUUCCCACAGAGGAAUUCUGGGUAUGACUUACUCUUCAAGUGUGCCAUGCAAUGCGCUGAAGAGUGAUGCUCAGAUAUAUUAAACAAAUUGAUGCCAUAUCGCCUCAGUUGUUAACAUUCCCAGAGUCCCUUGUGCUCUAAAUGUAAGCAGAGGGUGCUUUUCUUUGGUUUUCUCCCAGCUUGGCCAAUGGAGCAAUAUAUAGGAUAAUUACCAGUGAGGUAGAAUAUUUUUCCAAAAGGUCAGCCAACACUGUUAAUUAAGAAAAAGAGGGGAAACUGAGCUUUAGGAUUGUCAUGUAUAUUUACUUAUGUGUGCAAUGCUAAUCUAGUAACUCAGCUGUCCUUUAAUUGUUACUGGGUUAAGCCAAUUCCUCUUGUAGCUUUGAAUUUGAGGCAUCAGGCCUAACCCAAGGUGGAAUAAUAGCAAAAACAAAUUAAAUUAAGAAAAUUGGAUGCCACAAAUUUCAAUGAUGAGCUUAUAAAGGAUUUUUUGAAGGAUUAAAGUAGGUUUUUAAAAAGCCAAGAAUGCUGAUUGAGAAAUUUAAAGUUUAAUUUUGGAAGCUCUACUCUAGCUAUUGAACAAUCAAAGGAAUGCACCUAUCAGCUACAAAGAACAGCUAGACAGCUGUUGUUUUGUUUUUGUUUUUUUUUUUUUUUUUUAUAAAUGUUUCUGUGUUGUGUCAAAAUGAUUUCUGGUGAUUUAAACUAACAGAUAAUCACAGCUGCUGUCUAAAUCCAUAGUGUUUAAAAUUACAAAAUGAAAAAAAAAAAACUUCAUUACCUGUGAAGACUGUGUCUGUGUUUUUAACUAUUUCUUGUACAAAUAUAUGAAAUCUUUUAUGAGGAGACUGGUGCCAAGUAGCUGAAUAAUGGGGAAAGGGAUAUUCUGUUCGUAUAAAUCUUAGCGGUGUUACCAACUCUACAAUAUAAAAAAAAAUUAAAAUGUUAAAAAGCGACAGCUAUGGUACAUUUAUUUUGUGUUAAGCUAACCGAAUCUAACUUCUUGAGUGCCUGGCUUAUUUUGAGACAUUUUUUUCAUUGACCAUUGAUAAUGCUGCAAAUCAGAAAUGUACAUACUUCAUUUACAACAGGGUUCUUUUUAUACUUUUGUAGAUCCUCAUACAUGUCACAUACAUGGUUGUCUUUAUGUAACUUAAUUUUUUCAUCCGCAGGUGCCAUUUUCAUAAUAAACUUCUCUUGGAUUUGUUACUA